GACCCACGACACGUUGCCCAGCCGUGUGGCUGGGAUGGUCGGUACCCAUGGCCGUGCGGUCGAGCCUUGAGGCUCCAGGACAGUCCUGGAAGGCUUCCUGGCAGAUCCGUGGGAGGAAAGCCGACAGAAGGGCGGGAGGCGGGAGGGGAGAGAUCCCCCGGGAUGGGUAAGGCCUCGACGCUGGGCAUCGGCGCAGGUGUGUACUGCAGGGAGCCAGCCAGAACCCCCACGGACUGCCUGACCUUGGGGGAAGCCCGCAGUAGAGGAAAGGGCCGGACCCCCAGACCCGCCCUUGACUAUGUGUUCUGAGGGCAAAUUUUACCCAGUUCCUCUCUAACCUCCCGACAACUCUGAGGUCAAACUCAGCAAGGCAUCCGAGCCCCCACGGCGCAGCGGCCCUAGGCUGGCAUGGGCGAUACGGAGCUAUCCCGCCCUCAGGAAGCAGGCGAGAUGCCCAGCGGGAGAAUCACCCAAAUCACCGUCUAAUCUCUGCUAUGAAGUGGAAGCGGGAGAAGGAGGGAGCGUCUCAUGACGGAGAUGUGAAGACGCUAGGCUGGAGGAAGCAGAAAGGCGGGUGUCACAGGGGACGUUCUGAGGGUGCUGGGGAGUCAGGGAAGAGCACCAUCGUCAAGCAGAUGAAGAUCAUCCACGAGGACGGCUACUCCGAGGAGGAAUGCCGGCAGUACCGGGCGGUUGUCUACAGCAACACCAUCCAGUCCAUCAUGGCCAUUGUCAAAGCCAUGGGCAACCUGCAGAUCGACUUUGCUGACCCCUCCAGAGCGGACGACGCCAGGCAGCUAUUUGCACUAUCCUGCACCGCCGAGGAGCAAGGCGUGCUCCCUGAUGACCUGUCCGGCGUCAUCCGGAGGCUCUGGGCUGACCAUGGUGUGCAGGCCUGCUUUGGCCGCUCAAGGGAAUACCAGCUCAACGACUCAGCUGCCUACUACCUGAACGACCUGGAGCGCAUUGCACAGAGUGACUACAUCCCCACACAGCAAGAUGUGCUACGGACCCGCGUAAAGACCACGGGGAUCGUGGAGACACACUUCACCUUCAAGGACCUACACUUCAAGAUGUUUGAUGUGGGUGGUCAGCGGUCUGAGCGGAAGAAGUGGAUCCACUGCUUUGAGGGCGUCACAGCCAUCAUCUUCUGCGUAGCCUUGAGCGCCUAUGACUUGGUGCUAGCUGAGGACGAGGAGAUGAACCGCAUGCAUGAGAGCAUGAAGCUAUUCGACAGCAUCUGCAACAACAAGUGGUUCACAGACACGUCCAUCAUCCUCUUCCUCAACAAGAAGGACCUGUUCGAGGAGAAGAUCACACACAGUCCCCUGACCAUCUGCUUCCCUGAGUACACAGGGGCCAACAAGUAUGAUGAGGCAGCCAGCUACAUCCAGAGUAAGUUUGAGGACCUGAAUAAGCGCAAAGACACCAAGGAGAUCUACACACACUUCACGUGCGCCACCGACACCAAGAACGUGCAGUUCGUGUUUGACGCCGUCACCGACGUCAUCAUCAAGAACAACCUGAAGGACUGCGGCCUCUUCUGAGGGGCAGCGGGGCCUGGCGGGAUGGGCCACCGCCGACUCUGUAUCCCCCAACCCCUGAGGAAGAUGGGGGCAAGAAGACCACACUCCCCGCCUGUUCCCCUGGCCGCUUUUCUCCUCUUUCCUCUCUUUGUUCUCAGCUCCCCCUGUCCCCUCAGCUCCAGACGUAGGGGAGGGGUUGCCACAGGCCUCCCUGUUUGAAGCCUGCCCUUGUCUGAGGUGCUGGUAAUGGCCAUGGUACCCCCUUCUGGGCAUCUGUUCUGGUUUUUAACCAUUGUCUUGUUCUGUGAUGAGGGGAGGGGGGCACAUGCUGAGUCUCCCAAGGCUGUGUCUGGAGGGGCCCCUGCUUCUCCAGCCUGGACCCCCAGCUUUGCCCAACACCAGCCCCUGCCCCAGCCCAAGUCCAAAUGUUUACAGGGAGCCUCCUGCCCAGUCCCCCACCCCCAGCCGCUCGGAGGCCCCAAAGGAAAAAGCACAAGAAGCGUGAGACGCCACCGUUCCUGGAAACCACAGUCCACCUGCUCAUUCUCGUAGCUUUUUAAAAAAAUGAAAGUAAAGGAAAAAAAAAAUUGCAAAUCUAGAAAACUUUUUAGAGAAAAACUAUUUAAAACUGUCAGAUCCUGACCAGCAACCCCCCCAGCCCCCCUUCCAAGUGACUCCGUGCCUUGAGUGUGUCUGCGUGUUUACACCCGUCCCUCUGCUGGCCGCCCCCGUGCGAGCGGCACCCCUGCCCUGCCCUCCACAGAAUUGGGUUCCAAGGGCUGUUCCAGACAACUGCCAACGUCACUGAGGGCCCUGCCCCAGCGGCCCUGGGCCCAGGCUCCAUUAACCUAAAAUGUAGCUCCCUAGCGCUAACCUAGGAACCGCCGCUGCCUGCUGGGGGGCCACGCCCCUCAUGCCCUUGUCCCAGGCCCGGGGCCUUCAGCGUUGAACACUUCCUUGCUUUUUUCACAUGUUUUAUGGAAUUGUUCACCUGGUUUGAAAUAAUAAAAUGUAGAAAGAAAAAAAA